CCGGGAUCACACCCUGAGCCGAAGGCAGACGCUUAACGACUGCGCCACCCAGGCGCCCCAAGAUACCGUUCUUAAACAGCUAUCUGCGCAGGGCUCAGCCCAGAGUAUGCAGACUGAAAUCCUAUCUCCCCGGGUUUCCAUGAAAGAGGACUCCUAGGACGAUGGCCUCCACCUGCCAGCCUUGGGGUGUGGAGGCUCCCGUCUUAGGGGCACAGACCAGGGAGGCUGUCCCCUGGGAGGACAGCAGGGCUGGAGGGAGAGAUGUCAGGGCUUCACACGCUCAGGUCUGGGUCUCGGUGUAGUAGCUGAGCCCUCUGCUGGCCUCCGGCACACCCUGUUCCAUUUUCAGGAGCAUGAGAGGGUGAGGGUGUGGUGGCUAGGGCAGUGGCGUGGGAGGAGCCAGGGGACCCUGGGCAGGCUCCCUCAUGAGGCCACAGCUUCUGCCCCAGUGGCCUUUAUCCCCCAAAAUCUGAACGCAGGGGUCUGGACCCCCAGCACCAACCUAGUCCCGCUUCUGGGUGCUCCUGCUGAGCUGGGCAGGAACCCGACAACCGACAACCGGUACCUCUGGUUCUGGAGGCCCCUGGGGGGGGCAUGACUCUGGGGUUUCUCUUUCUUUGAAAGGUGGUUUCAGUGGGGAGGGGCCAGCCUAGCUUGGGUGAGGGCAGGUCGGCUGGGAGAGUGCGGCAGCACCCUCUGCUCCCCUCUGGCCCAACCCCUCCAGCUCCCCGGGUUGUCUCCGCCACAACUCUGCCCUGCUCAGCUCAGCGCCCUGCCCACACCACCAGGACAGACUGCCCGCCCCAGGGCUACGGCCCCCACCCGCUCCCCUGGCUCUGCCUACAGCGACCUGACCUUUCUCUCCCUUCUGUCCCUUGAGGGGACUAGUGGAGGUGACAUCUCAGUGCCUCCCAGCCUGGCCCUGGGCCACAGGCUCCUUCAGGACUCAUCCCGUGGGCAGAGAGGGCAGAGGGAGCUGGGGAGGGAGGCCAGGACUCCUGAGGAAAGCCCCUGUGCAGCCCCCACGCCCGGCGGAGCAGAGCAGAGCCCCCGGGGGGAACCUCCUGGCAGCUCACGGGCAUGCGCACAUGCACACACAUGUAAUAGACAUGGACACACAUGUGUACAUGUGACACCGGACAUGCACACCUGUGCACACAUACGUGUGCACGUGGGCAGAGACAGGGCCUGCACACAUAAGUCCCUGGGCUCCCCUUGACACAGGCCAGCUCCCUUAGCGGGAUGCACGCUCGCCCGCAGUUGUGCCCACAAGGACCGGCAGGAAGCCGCUGGGGACCGCUCUGCUGCUGCCAGCCCCACCUCUAGGGCUUGGCUGAGACUCCUGCCCUUCUCGCCGGGUCUUGCGAGCAGCCCCACCCAGCCCAGGCGCUGGUGGCUGCUGGGGCUAUUUUAAGGCCGGCUCUGGGCCUGCCCUCCCCCCAAGCUUUGCUACUGGCCACCUGCCGCCGCCUGUCCCGCCUGGAAUGCUGACUGGCAGUUGGCCGGGGUGGGGGCUGGGGAUAGACCGUUAUAAAACUGGGUGCACCUGGGAGGCCGCCGUCCCUGCCCGCAGCCCACCGCGGUUCCCGGCGCCACCAUGGCCACCCACCGCCUUGUGAUGGUUCGACACGGCGAGAGCUCCUGGAAUCAGGAGAACCGCUUCUGUGGCUGGUUCGACGCCGAGCUGAGCGAGAAGGGGGCCCAGGAGGCCAAGCGGGGCGCCCAGGCCAUCAAGGACGCCAAGAUGGAGUUCGACAUCUGCUACACGUCGGUGCUGAAGCGGGCCAUCCGCACCCUCUGGACCAUCCUGGACGGCACGGACCAGAUGUGGCUGCCCGUGGUGCGCACCUGGCGCCUCAACGAGAGGCACUACGGGGGCCUCACCGGCCUCAACAAGGCCGAGACGGCCGCCAAGCACGGGGAGGAGCAGGUGAAGAUCUGGAGACGCUCUUUCGACAUCCCGCCGCCCCCCAUGGAUGAGAAGCACCCCUACUACAACUCCAUCAGCAAGGAGCGUCGGUACGCAGGCCUGAAGCCCGGGGAACUGCCCACUUGCGAGAGCCUCAAGGACACCAUCGCCCGGGCCCUACCCUUCUGGAACGAGGAGAUUGCCCCCCAGAUCAAGGCUGGCAAAAGAGUGCUCAUCGCGGCCCAUGGGAACAGUCUGCGGGGCAUCGUCAAACACCUGGAAGGGAUGUCAGACCAGGCCAUCAUGGAGCUGAACCUGCCCACGGGGAUCCCCAUCGUGUACGAGCUGGACCAGGCGCUGAAGCCCACCAAGCCCAUGCGGUUCCUGGGUGAUGAGGAAACUGUGCGGAAGGCCAUGGAGGCUGUGGCCGCCCAGGGCAAGGCCAAGUGAAGGGGGUGGGCUUCUGGCAAUAAAGGCACCACCUUCUACCACCUCGAGUCCAGUGUGGCCCCAGCAU